AUGACAACACAAAUUUUGCCUGCUUUGCCACAACAUGACGACAUUAUAAAAUUUAUAUUCGAAUCUUGGAAUAAAGUUAACAGAGAAUUCAGCGAACAAAACCCAACAGUUACUUAUUACGAAGAAAGGGAACCUAAUCCAAUACUUAAAGAUUUUGAACCUUUCGAUUUGGAAGCUUGGUGGGGUAAGAGAGUAGUUCAAAACAUUCAGGCAGCUUCUUCAUCUUCAUCAUGA